UUACUUUACUCUCUCUUACUUUAUUCUCUCUUCAUCUCUCUACUUUUUUAAUCUCCGUGCCGAAAAGAAAUGCCCCCACUACUAUGGAACGGAGGGAGUAUUUCAUUUAAAUCUAUUAUACAGUGGUACCCUAUUCCACUGACUUUUUUCCCCACUUUUCUCCUUCUCCGGUGGACUGAGGGAGAAUAAACUAAAGUUGAGGCAAACGCAACUACCCAAAGACCCAAGGCUACAGAAAAAUUGCCCUGGUCCUGCUCCCUCUCUGCAACUGCGUACAAUAAUUGCGUGUCCAACAAGAUUAGUCAGUCUUUCCCUCAGAAUCCCCAUUUCCCCAUGCUCCCCUCCUUCCUUUCUCUUUCCAAUAAUGCUUCUCUCUCCUCUCCCCUCCGCCGCUGACCCGCCGCGCCUCAGCCACGACAUCGACAGCUCCUGCUCCACUCCUUUCGUCAGCGCUCCCUCCAGCCCCGCCCAUGCUCCGCCCUCUGGCUACUUCCACAGCGCUCCUGCCAGCCCCAUGCAUUUCAAAAUCAAAUCAUCGCAGCCGGACUACGACGCGCCCGUGUUUCUCACGUCUGAUUCCGGUUCAUUCGAGUUCGAGUUUUCAUCUAGGUUUUCUCCUACCGGUUUGGGCAGCGGCUCGAUGACGUCGGCGGACGAGCUGUUCUUCAACGGUCAGAUCCGGCCUAUGAGGCAGUCGUCGCAUUUUCCGAGGCCGGUUUUGGAUCUGUGCGGCGGCAAAUACGCCGGAGAUCUGAAGGUGCGCGAAGCUGCGAAAUACUCGCACCGAAAAGCUAGAUCCAUGUCGCCGCUGCGCUCCGAGUGGCAAGGCUUCAGCAGCGGAGUCCGGGAGAGCGAGGCGAAGGAGAUCAAUGAGUCGGCCGAGACGACGCCGUCCUGCUCGGCUUCAUCGUCGCGGUCGUCGUCGUCGUCGUCGGGGAGGAACUCGAAGAAGUGGAUAUUUCUGAAGGAUCUUCUGCACCGGAGCAUGAGCGAGGGGAGAGCGAACAGCAAGGAGAAGUUCUGGUCGCCUAUCUCGUUCUCUCCGGCGAAGGAGAAGAAGAAGGCGACCGCCUCCCGCGACGAGAAGAAAGGCAGAGUUGAGACGAAGAGAGAAGCGAAGGCUCCGGCGGCUGGGAAACCUGCGAAUGGCGUGUGGCGGAGGCCGUCGGCGCACGAGCUGCAUUACACGGCGAAUAGAGCGCAGGCGGAGGAGAUGAAGAAGAAGACGUUUCUGCCGUACCGGCAAGGCCUGUUUGGGUGCCUGGGGUUCAGCUCCAAGAGCUAUGGCGCCUUCACUGGAUUUACCAGAAAACUUAAUCCAAUUUCAUCCGGUUGAGAACGAUCGAUCCACUUCACACAAUAAUUAUUAUCAAAUGUAGAGUAUGUGUGGGAUGUUUAAAUUUCCUAUUCCAUGGAAAAGAAAAAAGAAAACAUUGCUGCUAUGUGCGGGGAGAUGCUGAUAAUCACUUUUAUUUGUGAUUUUUGUUCCAAUUCAUUUCCCAUGGAUGUAUGUGGCUUGAUUUAUUUAGUCCAAAUUUGCUGAAUCAAAUACUAUAAUUAAUGUUUGAAUAAUAAAAUUGCUGAA